AUGGACACCGAACCGCCCCUCCCCCCACCCCCACGCAUCCGCCACCGCUCGCCGCACAAACCCUCGCACCAGCCCGGUUCCCAAUCCGGAACCGCAGCACGCGCACCCGCACGCGUAAACAAAACAACCUACCGCCGCCUCUCGCGCUUCGACGACGCCUCCAGCCAGCCAUCCAGCGACCCCGCCCUCUUCUCCAGCGACGACAUCCCCGCGUCGGGCCUCGAGAAUUACCACGCGACCGGGAACGCGAGCGGGAACGGCAAUGGGUCGCACUCGCGCAAACGCAGAUACCGCGGCACGUGGUGGGGGGAGAUGGUUAAGGAGAAGGAUGUGAAGAGGAAACGGGCGGACUUUAAGGAUAAGAGGUUCAAUGAUAGUGGGGUUUGGAUGGGGAGUGAUGAUUCCAGGGCUUCGGGGAUGGGGUUUCUUGCGAGUGAGGAUGCGGCGGCUUGGGGGGAGGAGUUGUUGGGCCAGAACCAGGAUUUGAACCAGGAUGGGGAUGCCGACGGGGAUGAGGGGAUGGGGAUGGCCACGGGCAUGGGACUGGGCAUGAUGCCGGCGCGCGCUGGGUUCGCGAAGAAGGUGGAGGAGUCGAGGGAGCACCAGUUGGCGCGUGCGGUGGUGAAUGAUUGCUUGGAGAGGGGACUGGACAGCGUCGACCUAAGCAAUGCCCCCCUCCGCACCAUCCCGCCAAACCUCCUCCGACCCCUUCAACACCUCACCAAGCUCCCAAGCAUCCGCGAACCCCCCAUCUCCGAAGAAGGCUACAGCUCCCUUCAACCCUUCCUCUGCCUCUUCCUGUCCGGAAACGCCCUUACAACCCUCCCGGGCGAACUCUUUGAGCUCGGCAACACGCGCGUCCUCAGCCUGCGCAACAACAAGCUGACGGAAAUUCCCCCUGCCAUCCGCAGACUAACUAAGCUCCAGGAACUGAAUGUCGCUGUUAAUCGUCUUACCGUUCUCCCCUGGGAACUCCUCUGGCUCAUCAAGAAGGGUGACUUGAAACAUCUCAUCAUUCGGCCGAACGAAUUCACUGAGAUCGAUGAUCCGGCAACGAAAAUCGCGCAUUGGCACCUCUCACCGGAAAGGGAGAACGAACCUGGAAGUGAAAAUGAGAUCGAGGCCGAAACUGCACCUGAAAGUCUCCCUCUCAAAGCCAUCGAGUAUGAAGGGCCCGCGCCUGAAGAAGCAUGGGCGCCUAUCCACGUCGCGACAAGCCCAGUCCAGCGCUUCAACAUGGACGGGCUCCCCAUCCCAAACUCACCAACCGCCACACACUCUCAAUCUCCCCCGCCGUCUCGCGUCCCCUCCCUCCGCGAAGUCUCCCUCCUCUCCUUCAGCAGAUCAACCUACUUCGACAUUCUCCCCGACGAAGAGCUGGCACUCUUCCCCAACCUAGCUCUCCCGCUCCUUUUGCACGCCCGCGACGUACGCAAUGCCGGCGGGCGGUCAUGCUCCGUCUGCCACCGCAGUUUUGUCAUCGCGCGCACGGAGUGGAUCGAGUGGUGGGACGUCAGUACGUAUGAGAAUGGGCUGAAGGGGCCGAGGGCGAGCGGGGAGCGGUUGAGGCCGGUGCCAUUCCGAAGACUGGGGUGUAGUCUCGGGUGUCUUCCUGCUACUCAUCAAGAGAGGGGUGAGUGA